AUGAAGGUCAAGAUCAAAGGCCGGCCUCAAGCCACCCGGCUCUAUCUCACCGUCAUUCUCUGCUUCCUUGCUGGUCUCCUCAGUGCUGGUCCGCUUCAACAUACCAGAAGCCAUACCUCUGUCGUCAGCGGCUGGCACCACACACCCACUUCUCAUCAUGGCUUUCAUGCUCCCACUCUGACUGCGUCAAAGGAGGUUGCAAUUCGUCCCUCACACGACCUCGCCUCCUUCCACUCAUCUGUCAAGCCCAUGUCCGCCCUAGAGCGUCGAGAUGCAGACAUGCCACUCCACAGCUUUGCACUAGUCUGCGACGACAGAGAAUGGACCGCCAUGUGCGCACGUAUCGGUUACACUUGCAGCACCACGGGCAAGCUGAAGUAUAAGCAGGAGGACAUCUUGUGCCAGGACAUCUGCAAGUGCAUCAACCUCAACCCAGCGCCGAAGCCUUGUGUCGUCAACAAAGCCUCCAGUCAGUGUUCAGUUGUUGAUAACAUGGUUUUGAACGCCACAACCGGCGAGCUUCUUGGCGAUGCCUCCGAGGCGAACAUUCUUCCCAAUGGCACCAUGGACUUGACCACAGCAGUUGCAAAGCGUGAUACAGAACUCAGCCAUGACAAUGCACUAGUCUGUUACGACCGCACUCUCACACGACUGUGCCAGGACUCAACACAUGGCUAUUUCUGCAAUGCGAAUGCCGUCGUGAAACACACUGGCAAGCCCGAAAUCACUUGCGAGCAACACUGCGCUUGUGUCAACAUCGCCCCAAGGCCGUGCUUCUAUUAUGGAAAAGUGUAUUCUUGUGGAGUCAAGGAUGACACAGUCUUUGACACGGUCAAUGGUACUGUUCUCGGCAAACUCUCAAGCGCCCAAGUCCUUGAGGAUGGCUCUCUGGACCUUACGCCCACCAAAGCACUUGCGAAGCGCCAUGACUACGCAUUGUUAUGCGAGGACCGCGAGCACACAGCAUGGUGCGGUUCAUCGUACCAGUAUUACUGCACCGCGAAGGGUGCUCUGAAGUUCAAAGGCACCGGUGAAUACUGGUGUGAGCACAGUUGUGUCUGCAUCAACCUCAAGCCAUCGAUUCAGUGUUUUCCAAACGCGGCCCUUCUCACAACGUGCCUGCUCAAAGGAAAGAUGGUCUACAAUGAGAAUGGCACUCUGCUGGGGGAUGUUAACGAUGCAUAUGUCCACCCCAAUGGGACAUUGGACUUCCGCAAAGUGGUUACGAGAGAUUUGGACGUGACAUCAGCCGAUCCGCACCAGAUGAUAUGCAAAUCGCAGCAGUCCAGCGAAACAUCUCCUUUUACUGGCGGAUUACUAUAUGACAAGAACUUGACCAUGUAUUGCGCAAACCACGGUUACUCAUGCGCCAGCGACCCUACACGCGCUUCAUUGACCUUGACUUUACAGCCCGGCUCGAAGGACAUUAAGAAAUGCGACUCCGCUUGUGGCUGUCCAUCGCAGACUUGGAAGCGUGAAGGAAGUGAACAUGACCUAGUGUCACACCCUUCCCCGACGCCCGGCGAAGUGACCAUUCAGGACAUUCUACUUGGGUGCAGUUCGUUUGAUGGGUUGACCAAAGGGACCUGGUCUUUCAAUGAGUCUCUGACACAAUACUGCAAGAAUCAGGGCUAUACAUGUGCCCCCGUGUCUGGGCCAGUUUAUGAAUUGCAGCAUCCUCAGGACAUUGUUAAAAUCUGUCAAGCUGGCUGCAGUUGCCCGGGAGCCCCACGACGCCGUGCGUCUGCACAGUCAUUGCGUCCAAAGAAGACAAGAGCCAGUGCAGAGCCUAGAACAAACGACAUCGCGACUGCCCCGGCGGCCAGCAGCUUUGAUCCUUUUGGUGUGACCUGUUCGUCACAUAGCAGAUACAACGAAUCUCUCACCAAUCACUGUCGAAGUGAAGGCUAUUCAUGUGUCGCGCUGACAGGCACUGUUCUACGCACUCUUUUCCACAACGGUACCGACAUCCCCGAAUGCACUCACAGCUGCAGAUGCCCGAAUCCUUUCGCUCGCGAGGCACACUCGGGACAUGCGGAGAUGUCUGCGACUGGAGAUGAGAUUCCAGGCUCUGCAGCCGUUGCCCCUCCGAGUGGUGUCCCCAGUCAACCCUCCAGCAGAUUCACUCUCAACUGUGGCAAUGCAGCGGACGGCCCUAGCUUCUGCCAACAGUCGGAUCUGGGGUAUUUCUGUGCUGUGAACAUGACUGUCAUGCGAACUUCGACCGUGCAAAAUCAAGGUGUGACUUGGUGCGACUAUUACUGCAGCUGCAUCUUCAAGUACCCUGUCCCCUGCGUCAACGAGUGGAACAUUCCUCAAUGUCGUGAAAUGCCGGACGGGACUGUUCGUGAUGCCUCGAACAUGCAGAUUGUGCUUGCAUAUAUCGAGGAUGUGAUCAUACUUCCCAACAAUUCGAUCCUGCUCGAUCGUGGCCAGGACGGAGGCUUCCCAUUUGUCGUGGAGUCGCAUGGAGGACAUAGGCCCGGCUCCAACGAUACCAGUGAUAAUUCGGGAGAUUCUCCUCAUUGGACGGAUUGGCCUAUGAAUGCGACUGCAAAUGCAUGGUGGAACAGAACGGGUCAGGGCCAUGACUGAACUCGUCCUUGAUUCCACGGCUUAGCAUUCGACUGUCACGAAAAAACAGAUAUUCCAGUCGAAGCAAGCCAGCCCCAUGCGAAUUCAUCCCUCUUGCUUCAUGAAUAGCGAGUUUCUUGAUAAAAGUCGACCCAGUCACCACUUUACUGCAACACCAAUAUCAACUACUGUGAGAAUUUCCACACUAACACCGCCAUGGACAAGGAAACGAUAUCUUGAAGUCUGGCCCGAGGACUGGGGAUAUUGCAGGUCAUUUGGAGCUCUUCUGAUACGUGAAAUAUUGGUACGAGAACUGGGGACUGGCAAUUAUGGUAGAGACUGAGAGACUCUGGUAGAAAUGGCAUUGG